AUGUAUGUAGAUGCCGAUGGGAGUGUAAAACAUUUCCACAGGUUUAAGACUGAAUUUGGUUUUGCCAAAUUACUUUCCCUUGAUACUUUCAAUGAGGCUUCUAAUGGAUACCUUAUUGAUGACUCCUGUAUGUUUGGAGCUGAGGUUUAUGUCAUUAAAUCUACUGGCAGAGGAGAGUGUCUUUCUUUGAAGGAGGAAACUUCUGACAACAGCUACAUUUGGGAGAUCAAAAACUUUUCAGAAGUGAAAGAUCAUGACCAGUUGUUCUCUGAACCAUUCACCAUUGGAAAGCAAAAAUGGAAGAUACUUGUUUAUCCCAAAGGAAACGGCAGUGAAGAGGGCAAAAGCUUAUCUGUCUUUCUAAAUUUAGCUGAUUGUGAAUCCCUUCCAACUAAGCGAAAAUUAUUUGCAGAAUUUAGCUUGUGGGUGAAAGACAGAGUUAAUGGCAAACACUCUGAAAUAAAAGGUGGUAGUUGGUUCUGUGACCUGCACAAAUCCUCGGGUUUUGAUGCAAUUUCUCUUACAGACGUCCAUGACACAACGAAGGGCUUCACAGUACUAGAUAGUCUGGUUGUUGAAGUGCAAAUUCAUGUGAUGUCUGAUGUGAAAGAGUUCGCUUGAAAUAGAGGAUUGUUGCUGCUUUGGAAACACUGUUUAUAUAUCAGGCUCUGAAAGCCAAUGUUGUUCCUUUAGUUUUUUAUGUUUUUGGAGCCAACGUUGUUACUUCUUUUGUUAAAAAAUGGUUACUAUCUUGGUACUCAAUGUUGUUCCUUCUUUUGUUGAGUACCUAGCUAGUAAACCUUUUUCAAGUGAUUCCAGAUGUUACCUCAUCUACUUGGAAAAAGGGAAAGUAUAUUGGAACCUCUUUUGCUAGAUACUCUAAAUUGUCUUUUGUAUUUCAAUGAUAUGGGUAGGCAAAAAAUUAUUAUGUAUUUCAAUGAUAUGACACGAC